AUGUCGGGGGUGGAGGUAGUUGCAGUCGUUGCCUGUGUGGCAGCCGUGGUAUCGGCCUACAACGAUGGCAGCCGAAUGUUCACGGCAAUCCGCAAAAAAUGGCACGAGCGCCGCCGCCAGCCAGACCAGUCAUCCCGGGAUCUGGAAUGGUCACUAGCGCGAGGCCACCACGAGAUCGUUUCUCAAUAUAAAAGACAUCACCAAGAACUAGGUCGACUCUACGAAGAAGGGGACUCGAUCGCCCGCGAGCAGAUGAAGGAUAUCAUCAUCACCUUACAAGGUGCAUUGCUGCGACAUCUUCGCGAAGCGCAGGAACAAGGCUCUAGUCUGGAUCUGAUGGCGCUGCAGGUCGAGUCUGAGCAGGGUCGGGUGCGGACGCUUGUAAUUCUGGGAGAUCUUUAUCAGCGUCUGGCAAGGGCGUCGUCUAUUCCACCUACCAUAUCCAUGACCGUUGAUCCUAUGUAUGGGAGGGGUCAUAUGUAUAACGGAGGAUAUUUUCCUCAUACUCCGGAUCGAUUCUCGCUAGCUCCGAACAGGGAAAUGAUGUAUCUGUCUGGUGGGUAUCCGGUUUCGCCGGGGCCUUUUCUGUUCGAGGGGCUGUCUGCGUCGCCUCCAAAUACGCAGGGCACGUCUGGAGUUUUUGACACUAGUCUGUCAUCGAGAAGACGGUCGUCGGGGUUUGGAUCGGCUAUAGGAAGUAUUUUCUCUCGAUCUCCGCGCUCGAGUAGAUCGUCUUUCACAUCAUCUGCGCCUGAGCCUGGGUUUCAUAACCACCCAGGCUUCUGCCAUACUGUCUCGCCAUCCACACCAGAGCCAGUAUUGGAUCGAGUACCAGAGCCAGUUUCAGAAACCCCAGCGCGGUCACCACAAAGACCCAAUCUCCGCCUGAGCCCAGUCGAAGACGACAAUCUUUGGGGAAGCCAAUGGAAAGAGAUAAUAAACUCAGACGACGACGAGAUGAGCCAUACAUACCACCCGCAGCUAAAAGUUGAAGCAUCAAACCACCACCUCUCCCCAACAACAGCAAACAUCAUAUCAAUACACCAACACCAACAUCAACACCGCCACUCCCUCCCACCCCCAUCCAUAGCCUCAACCGACUCCACCCCCUCAAACCCAAGCACAACCUCAGCAUCCUCACAAACAACCCUCCCCCAACCCGCAACCCGACCUCCAGCCCAACCCCCAGGCCAGCGAUGGUCUCCAAGCAAAACAAACAACUACCUAGGGUUCUGCAAAGGCGCCUGGAAAGUCCACACAGGUUUCCGCGGCUUCAAAAUCCACACCGAACCCGGCAGCGGCUACUACACACAAGUCUCUUGGCUCCGCUGCGUAAAAUGCGCCUUUGAAGGACCCAUGGCUACAAAAUGCAGUAGCAAUAACCCCCAAUUCGACGAUAGUGUGCGCGUUCAUGGGCCCACGGGUAUCCGGUACCGCUGGGAGUUCCUGGCUAAGUCGCAUGUUCCUUGUAAACGUGAUUCUGCGGUAGUGUUUUCGCCUGUUACGCCAAGAGGUGCGUUUUGUUGUAUGUUUUGCUGUGUGGAGGUGAGAGGGUCUACCGGUGUGUAUGGGAAUUUGGAUACCUUUAUGGCGCAUCUUGGGAAGGCGCAUCGUUCUGUUGGGGAGAGUGCGUUGGCGCUUUUACCGACUAGUACUAAGUGUGUUUUUGGGAGGGUUGCGGGUGAUCGGGAGUAUUUUGAUGUUAAUGUUCCUUAG